AUGAUCUCUAAUCAGGGAAGACGUUGCUACCUUAAUAUAGGUGGCAAAGGAAAAGGAUCAUAUUCUCUGAUACAACCUGGGAAAAAUUUGCUAAUAGUAGAAAACAUUGCCUCCCAACCAUCAUCAUCUAAUAUGCCUAAACCUAGAGAUCCGUUAUACUCGGCUUUUCAACUGUUCUUGAAACAACAAAAGGAUAAUAAUCCUUCUUUCUCAAAAAUAGUUUCGGAGGAAGAUAAUGAUGAUUCCUCAAAAUAUAUUUUAACACCUCAUAAUGAUUUAACAAUUCUUUUAGAAGAAAAGGAUAUCAUGUUAUAUUUUGAGGAAAAUGAUGAUCCAUGGAAUUUAUUCUCCAGAUAUCUGGAUAUUGCGUCAUAUGCAGCAUGUUCUUACAAGUUACGAAAUUAUUAUGAGAAUAAAACUAAUUUCUACAGCCAAUUAAGAAAAAAAAAAUGGCAACUUUCAAACCACCAUACUUGUACUGUUUUAGCUUUUUAUCACUUCUUCUCCACCGCGUUGACUCCACCGCCUUUCACUUCGCCCCUUUCUUCUUAUCUCAAUUUGCUCUUAAUUUCAUCAGGAAAGCUUCCAUGUCUCUUGCAAUUUCCUGCACUCCUCUUUCUUGCACCACUCCCAAUUUCAUCUCCUUUGUUUGGGAUAACACGGUCAACUCCUGGAAAGUCUUUGUUCAUCUUGUGUAAAAGACGUCACCAUCACCUUGCUUCACUGCUAUGA